UAAGUUGGCGAUCGCUAGUGGUGCAUUCUAGCUUAGUUCGUUAAAUUGUCUCAAAGCCAAUUCGCUAAUAGUUGGUAAUUUAAACGUUCAGUUUAUUAUUUUAUAUCUCUACCGGAUAGAAUUAGGAACAUUCAUUAUCAAUGAAUCUAACUAUCAAAAUGGUACUGCUUCUCUAUGUGCUGUUACUUACUCAAGCAGUUCUAGGAAGUAGUAACUUAGAUAGCUGUGGCCAAGAUUGUACUUGCAUAUCAGGGAAUUUAAAGUCCGAAAAAUCUUCUUCAAGUGUCCCUGAGGCAUUUAGAAAUUUUAACAUAACUCCGGACUACGUAGAAAUCGCACCAAAGCAUUUUCUAGAGGUGGACUAUAAAACGGCAAGAGUUAAUUUAGGGAAUUUCAUACCUCCUCUUAGACUUGUUGAUGCUAAAACUGUAAGUUACAAUAAAGGAAAAAAACGUGCAUAUUACACAUUGCUAUCGAUCGACUUUGAUGGUGAAUCAAAUGGAAAAGUUAUCGACCUUCUGAUGAAUAUAAGGGAUUUGGAGAAGGUAGUACCAACAUCUGGAGAUGUGAUAGUCUUGUUUACUCCGCCAUUACCUGCUUUAGGAAGUGGAGUCCAUCGUCAUGGAAAAUUGUUGUACGAGCAAAAAGGACAUAUUGAUACAAACCGACUAGAUCUUUUAAAAUUAUCGAGAUAUCCAGUAAUACCUGACCUUACAAAGUUCGCGAAGACCUAUCACCUUGGAAACCCCAUCGCUGGUAACUUGUAUACAACGGAGUUGAGACACUGUGACAGUUCUGAUGAAUGUGCGGACAACGAUGACAGUGUAGAAUAAUGUGAAAGAUUAUGUAAAUUUCUGUCAAACUGCGAUAGUGAUCAAAUAGUUAUCUAUAUAUGCAAUAUAUAUCUAUAUAAAUAUAUAUAUAUAAUGCAAUGUGAUUCAAAUGAUAAAUAAUUCCUAAUUUUUUUUUUGUGUGUAUUUAAAUAAAUACCUAAUUAUAAUAAUAAAAUUUA